AGCUGCAGAGUAGCCUACCUUGUGUGUCGGGUCAGAUGACACAAUUAUGAUAAAAACAAAAGGGAAUCCCGCAGCCCUUCCUGAGCAUAAAAGCACAAGUGUGCUAGCAAGUGGAUAUUCAAAAGCCUUUCCUUUGGUUCUCGCAAGAAUUGCUUUGCAGUGGUGAUUUAGGAAGGAGGUGCUGCUCUGAACACUGAGGUUAGCUUUUAACUGAAUGGAAGAAUACCGGGGGAAUUCUGUACUGCAUUAUCAGUGCUGUCAGGGCGCAUGAGGUAUUGUGGGAUCUGAUCUUAGCAAUCACCUAUGGGUCGUCAUGUAAAGGGAAUGGACGAUGUGUAUCAGAAAUGGGCGCGGGUUCUGUGGAACUACCUUCAACUGCGCCAGCCCCUUGUCAAGAGCGAUGUGAUAAUCGGCCUGGGCUGUCAUGACCUUCGUGUGGCCGAGAGGUCGGCCUCGCUCUUCCUGGAUGGAUGGGCCCCCUGGCUGCUCUUCACGGGCUACCUAGGCAAGCAGACCGCAGGUGUUUGGCAACGUCCGGAAGCUGAGAUUUUCAUGGAUGUGGCCCUGAAAAUGGGAGUGCCCAGGGAGAGGAUCUUGCUGGAGACGAAGGCCACUAACACUGGAGAGAACAUCCGGUUUUCUUUCCAAGUGCUGCUGGAGCACAAUAUUCCUGUUGACAGGGUGAUCCUGGUGCAGCAGCCCUUCAUGGAGAGGCGUGUGUUGGCGACGUUCCUUCGGCAGUGGCCAGGAAACCAGCACGUUCACGCCACUGUCACCUCUCCCGACCUGGACCUGUGGGACUACCCAGACCCCACCGUGGGCAGUGCCAGCAGUCUCAUUGGCUACAUGUUAGGGGCUGUGGAGAGAAUUCGAGAUUAUCCACAGAAGGGAUUCCAGGCUGAACAAGAAAUCUCACCUGAAGCUUUAUAUGCCUAUCAGUGGUUUCUACAAGCUGGCUACACUCCUGAAUAAAACUGCACUGACAAAUCAAACGUUUCUUCCUGUGGCUUGUAUGAUUCCACUACAGAAUUUGCAGUAGCCUCUUCUACUACAAUUUUGGUUUUAGUCUGUAUUUGAGGUUUUAAAGCAAUAAUGACUUCAUGCAGUGCAGUGCCUAUGUUUGAAUUAAAUUUAUGUUAAAAUUUAAAAUGUCAAAUAUCAAA